GGACCUGGUCUAACCCCCCCCCCCCCCCCCCUACACACACACACACUUCUGGGACUCGAUCACACAGCAGAAGUCUGUCGGAGAAACGCACAAACCCGCGCGGUGAUGGCGCUCUUCGUUUUAUAAACCUUAAUUUCAGGGGACCUUCCUUAGGACUAUUAACCUUUAUUUUAUAUUGAGUGUUUAAUCAACAAGUUAAACAAAAAGAAUAAUAAUACACAAAAAAAAAACUUUAAUAUGUAAAUGUGUGAAUUGUGUGAACAUGCAACAAAUAAAAUGUUACAAAGGGACAAAGUAUAAAUUGCCAUUUGUCCGUUAAAAAUAAAAAAGUCAGCCUCGACUGUCGUCACUAAAUGUCUCUCGCACCACAUUUACCGUCGGGGUUUUCAAACAUGCUUUGGCCGAGGUCCAACAGGGCUGUUCUCUUUGAUCUAGCAAGAAAAUGUAGAACGAGGGUGUUAAUUUGAACUGAGUGGAGCACAGCCGAGGGUCAGCCCGGAGGAAUGUCCCAGCCCCGUGUUGGCCGUCUGAGGCCCGUCUGAGGCCCGUCGCUGGAGGAGCGCACUGGAUGAGGUCGGACGCUGGAGACUGAGCCCCCAUAUCACUGAGGAUUUUUGAACUACCAACUUGGGCUUUACUUUUACAAACGAGAUGACAUUCUUCUGCGUCUUUAUAUUCGGAGCUCUCCUCUCUUUGGACGCUGCGGUGGAAGCUGGCAAAUGCCCCAAAAUGUGCACAUGUGACCGCGCCAAACUCACCGUCGCCUGCGUGGGCAAGAACCUGACCGAGGUGCCGUCCACUGUGGACGAAAUCACCCUGAAGCUUGACCUGCGCGGGAACCACCUGCACAUGCUGCCCCGGGGCGCCUUCCUCCACACGCCCUACCUGACGCACCUCGACCUGCAGCGCUGCGGCCUCGUGCACGUGAAGGAGGGCGCCUUCCGAACCCUGGGCCGCGUGGUCUCCCUCAACCUGGCCUACAAUAACAUCGACAUCUUGUACCAGGAGGCCUUCGACGGGCUGUCCUCCCUGAAGGAGCUCCUGUUGGACCACAACCGCGUGGAGGAGGUCCAGCCUGGAGCCUUCAUGCAGCUGGGCUUCCUCAACCUGCUGCAGCUCAGCCACAACCAGCUGGUCUACCUGCCCAACAUGGCCUUCCAGGGCCUGCAGAACAUCCAGUGGCUCCGCCUGAGCCACAACUCCAUCAACAACCUGGCCCCUGAGGCCUUCGCCGGCUUGCUGUCCCUGGGACGCCUCAGCCUGGACCACAACGAGCUGCAGUUCUUCCCCACCGAGACUCUGACCCGGCUCCCGGCCCUCACCCGUCUGGACAUGGGCUCCAACCCCAUGACCUACCUGGGGGAGGAGGCGGUGGCCCUGCCCCGGCUCACCUCCCUCCUCCUGGACCACAUGUCCCUGCAGGACCUGUCGGACACGGCCCUGACCCGGGCCCCCCGCCUCACCCACCUGGACCUCAGCCACAACCAGCUGCGCUGCCCAGAGCCCCCCAGGGGGCCCACCGCGCUGCUCAGCCUCAACCUCACGGACGUGUUGGUCAGUGAGGACGUGUUGGUCAGUGAGGACGUGUUGGUCAGUGAGGACGUGUUGGUCAGUGAGGACGUGUUGGUCAGUGAGGACGUGUUGGUCAGUGAGGACGUGUUGGUCAGUGAGGACGUGUCGGUCAGUGAGGCUGUGUUGGUCAGUGAGGACGUGUUGGUCAGUGAGGCCGUGUUGGUCAGUGAGGACGUGUUGGUCAGUGAGGCCGUGUUGGUCAGUGAGGCCGUGUUGGUCAGUGAGGCCGUGUGUGCGCUGGUCAGUGAGGACGUGUUGGUCAGUGAGGCCGUGUGUGCGCUGGUCAGUGAGGCCGUGUGUGUUCCCCCAGAUGUCCCGGAGGCGCUGGUGGGCCUGGGGGCCGGCCUGGUGCUGCUGUCCCUGGGAGGGAACCAGCUGGAGCGGCUCCCGGACCUGCGGGCCCUGGAGGGCCUGGAGGAGGUGAACCUGCUCCACAACCCGCUGCGCUGCGACUGCCCCCUGCUGCCCCUCCGCAGGUGGAUGGAGAACACGUCUCUGGCUCUGACGGCCACCUGCGGUCACCCUCCCGAGGUCAGAGGUCAACGUGUACGACAGGUUGAGGUGUUCAAGUCCUGCGUGGAGACCAGUCCUCCUACGGACCACGCGGUCCCCAGGUCCCAAACCCUCAAGGUCCCCCCAACCCUCAAGGUCCCCACGGGGAAGACCAAGCCAGCCAAGCCCAGAGCCAAGCCUCAGAGGAAGUCCAAGACCCCCACGAAGUCCAAGACCCCCACGAAGUCCAAGACCCCCACGAAGUCCAAGACCCCCACGAAGUCCAAGACCCCCACGAAGACCACGACCCCCGCGAAGACCACGAAGAAGCCCAAGAAGACCUCGAGACCGGAUCAGAGCUGACAUGUGAACCCUGGGCAGUAGAGGGACACGUUGGUGGUGUGAUGUGAGCCCUUGGUGUCUCCUGGGACUGGUUAUGUUAUCUGAUGUGAACAGUGUCUCCUGGGACUGGUUAUGUUAUCUGAUGUGAACAGUGUCUCCUGGGACUGGUUAUGUUAUCUGAUGUGAACAGUGUCUCCUGGGACUGGUUAUGUUAUUGUGGGACAGAGACUACAUCUCGUUUGGUUUUGGAGAUUGUGUUUGAGUGGGACCAUCUAUUUAACUGAAUAAACAA